AUGCCAAUUAAUAGCCAGCGCCCUCCUAGGGUAUUAACAAACAAUAGGGUCCAAAGACUGCACCCCUGGGAUGUCUACGCGCACAGCGUCGCGGUUUUGAAAGGGCGAAAACCAACACGGCGGGUGAAGUCCCCAUGCCCACGCAAUGCCCCCAAGUCCAUUGCCUGCGAAUAUUACAUCCGAAACCCAAAAGACCUGUCUGCCCAAAACGGCGAACGGCAACUUUCUCAUCCCGGCGAAUCCUACUCCGAGGGUGAUUCUGUGGGCGAUAACGUCGACAUCAGCCACCCGUCGGGUUGCAUUCCCACUUCUAAGGAAGGGAGAGGAGGAGGCGGCAUUCAGCGGCGGCCUCGACGCUAUGAGGAAAUGAUCGCCUACAAGGGCGCCGAUGGGGCUCCCAAGCCGUCUCUCGCAGCCGUCUGCCGCGAUAUUGAGCUCAACACGCUGGCCAUUUUGAGGGCGAGUCCCCCCGAUAACGCUGAGGAUGGGAACGAUGACAACGACAAGGAGGCAUUCGAUUUCCUUGGGUAUAUGCCAAAAGAUGAACGGGAGCUUUGCCAUGCGACCGCUGCAUUUCUCUCACGCCUUCCCGAGGCGGAUGCCCAGCGGGUGCUGGUGUCGAUCGCCCAGGAAGCUGAGACAACACGGAUGGUUAAGCUAUACAAUGGAGUAGUCCCUAGGGAGCUCGAAGACGAGCUCUCGAAUGAUGAAAAGGAUAGUACUUCGGCUUUACUUGCGCGGUUGCGUGCGCAGUGGCAGCAACACCAAAAACGGAGCUCAUCACAGUCGAGAGAGAAAAAACGACAGACGUGGGUCCAACAGAACCGCCCACCCCAACCUAGCAGCGGGCGCAGUGAGGUCAAAUUAAAAGGCCGAGCCGCUUUUCUCGAAAACCCACGUGCUUCUUCUUCCAAUAGCACUAGAUACAAUAGUAGAAACAGUGCGACUAAAAAUCCAUCCCCAUCGGUUCCAAAGCAACGACCUUGGUCUCACGAUAAUUUAUAUCCUAGUGGUGCACCCACCACCGCUACAUCUUUGCGGACACCAAGUUCUAUACCAAGACCUCGGGAAUAUGUCAGUAGAUCCGCAGGGAGUAGAGCUAAAUUCCAUAAAGUUCCUGCGAAAAGCAAUGAUUCUACCAGCGGCCGCUCUACCCGGGUGGAAGACUUUCCAAAAAAAAAUGAUCCUUUAGAAGAGAAUCAAAAUAAUUUACUACCGACAGCAGCCGUAGACAUGCAACAUCGACCGAACUCUUUUUCGGAGUUUUCCAGUGUGUCGUCCAUAUCCCUACUAGAGCGUCCAUCCUCCAUUUCUAAAAUGUCUCGAGGAAAGCGUUCAUGUUCUAUUCUCUCGGCGGAUGUGUCCAGCUCUUUUCUUAAUAGUACAUCAAUACCUCUCGAAAAACCACCGCUGGCCCCUCCGUUGCGUACUACCUCAGGGCGUAGUUUCAAAAAAGUCGUAAUCGAGCGUGAAACUGAACCAUCCACUCUCCAUCAAUUACCACAACAGGUGAGGGGAGAGCUGGAUGGCGUGAGCGAUUUGCCUGACAGUGGCCGGAAAAAUUGGAGCCCAGGGCCCUCUUCCAUCGCUCUUUUCAUGCCAGUUUCCUCCACCAAUGAGCAGCAUAACCUGGAGAAGGUUGUAAUGAUGCCGAUGUCAGAUAGUCGCCCAAAUUCUACUGACUCCACCCUCUCUGCCUCCACGGAUGACAUCAGUUGUGUGAUUACAAACAACACCAAACAAGCCCCGAUUCUGAACUCGACACCGGCGCCUCCACGGGCAAGUGAACCGCUGUCGAAGCAAGAGCUUGAAACCCCUCAUACCUCGGAUCAAGCGAAUGAUGCAUUUUGUUUUUAUGAUGACAAAUUACCUUGGGAGGAUUGA